AUUCAGCCCGAGACCGAGCCCAUACCAUUUUGAUCAUCCCCAUUCGUUUGCGUUCGGUUCUUUCCUUUUCUUCCUUCGUCGCUUGCGCUGGUCGCCUCCCUCCUUUUCUCCCUCUUUAAUAAAUCACCGACUCAAAGAUCCAUGGCCGCUAUUUUCCCUAAUCUCUUCGAUUCGGCCACCAAAACCUAAGCUGUCCUCUUUCGGGUCGCCUUCAUCAUCAAUCCCUCGACAUGUUCGAAGCUCACGCAUUACAUCUGCUGCGGAAGUACCUUGGAGAAUAUGUAGAAGGACUUUCAAAUGAAGCACUUAGAAUCAGUGUUUGGAAAGGUGACGUUGUUCUCAAAGAUCUGAAAUUGAAGGCAGAAGCAUUGAAUUCUUUGAAGCUUCCCAUAACAGUUAAAGCUGGCUUUGUUGGUAAAAUAACUCUAAAGGUUCCUUGGAAAAGUCUUGGUAAAGAGCCUGUCGUUGUUCUCAUCGACCGUGUGUUUGUUCUUGCACAUCCUGCUGAUGGACGGACUCCCAGGGAGGAAGAUAGAGAGAAGAUUUUUGAGGCCAAGCUUCAACAAAUUGAGGAGGCUGAAUUAGCAACCAUUGAAGCAGUGACUAGGAGAUCAAAAUCAGGAACUGGACCUGCUGGAAGUUCAUGGUUAGGUUCACUGAUUGCUACUGUCAUUGGCAAUCUUAAAGUCACUAUUAGUCAUGUUCAUAUUAGAUAUGAGGACUCAAUCAGUCAUCAUGGGCACCCAUUUUGUUCUGGAGUCACCUUAUCAAAGCUUGCUGCAGUAACAACAGAUGAUCAAGGCAAUGAAACUUUUGAUACGAGCAGUGCUCUUGACAAGCUACGUAAGUCCCUUCAACUCCAGAGACUUGCUUUUUAUCAUGAUACUGACAGCACACCAUGGAAAGUGGAUAAAAAUUGGGAAGAUUUGGAUCCUUCAGAAUGGACCAAGAUAUUUCAAGAUGGGAUUGAUGAACUUCCUAGGGAACUAGCAGUUUCCCUCUGGGCAAUGAACCGCACAUACUUGGUAUCACCUAUAAAUGGAGUUCUUAAAUAUCACCGCCUUGGGAAGAAGGAAAGGAAGAAUCCUGAUAUACCCUUUGAGAAGGCUUCACUUGUCCUUAGUGAUGUUUCAUUAACUAUAUCUGAGGCUCAGUAUUAUGAUGGCAUAAAACUACUGGAAACUAUUUCGAGAUAUAAAACUCGUGUGGAUGUAUCUCACCUUAGGCCUAUGUUACCAGUUUCGGAAGAUCCUUGUGCCUGGUGGCGCUAUGCUGUUCUUGCUGGUUUGCAGCAAAAAAAGAUGUGUUACUGGUUUUCUUGGGAGAGAAUAAAGCAUCUUUGUCAGCUUCGUCGACGCUAUAUUCAAAUGUAUGCAAAUUCUUUGCAAAUGCCUGAUGUGGAUAUUUCCGAACUUAGGCAGAUUGAGAAAGCCCUUAGUUCAAAAGUGAUUCUAUUGUGGAGGUUACUUGCUCGUGCUAGAAUUGAAUCUGUGAAAUCAAAGGAAGCUUCUCAGCAGAAGAGUAAUUUGAAAAGAAGCUGGUGGAAUUUUGGAUGGAACACUGUUUCUGGAGAUGACUCAGUUGCAAGAAUUUUACCAGAAUCAAGGUUGGAAGAAGAGGAAAAUUUGACAAAAGAAGAGUGGCAGGCAAUCAAUAAAAUGUUGAGUUAUCAGCAGGAGGAUGAUUUGUCUCUUAUUCCUGGCAAAACCUUGCAAAAUAUGAUGCAGUUCGUAGUUGAUGUGUCAGUUGGCCAAGCAGCUGCUCAAAUCAUAAGUAUUAAUCAGACAGAUAUUGUAUGUGGUAGAUUUGAAGAACUUCAUAUCAGGACAAAAAUGUAUCAGAAAAGCACACAUUGUGACGUGUCGUUGAAAUUCUAUGGCUUAUCCUCUCCUGAAGGUUCACUUACAGAGAGUGUUAUCAGCGGAAAAAAGGUCAAUGCAUUAGAAGCCACUUUUGUAUAUUCGCCUCUUGGGGAUGAUGUGGAUUGGCGACUUUCAGCAACCAUUGCUCCCUGUCAUGCCACGAUUUUGAUGGGGACCUAUGAUGAGUUUUUAGCAUUUGUAAAGAGAAGCAAUGCUGUUAGCCCUACUGUUACGAUGGAAACUACAACUGCUUUGCAGAUGAAGAUAGAGCAGGUUACUCGUAGAGCUCAGGAACAGUUUCAAAUGGUAUUGGAAGAACAAAGCAGGUUUUCACUUGAUGUGGACUUUGAUGCUCCCAAAGUGAGGAUUCCAAUGAGGACUGGUCAAUCAACUAUGCAUGAGAGCCAGUUUCUUCUAGAUUUUGGGCAUUUCACAUUGCAUACAAGAGAAGGACAGCCUGAUGAAAAAAGACAAAGUCUCUACUCUCAUUUUCAUAUAUCAGGGAGGGACAUGGCUGCUUUCUUCACAGAUGAUAUAUUGAAAACAAAACCUUCACAUUCUGGACAAGAUGGCAGUCAAACACUUCUUUCAUCCUCUACAAAUGACUCCGGUCAUUUCUAUUCUCUUCUCGAUCGCUGUGGCAUGUCAGUUAUUAUUGACCAGAUCAAGAUACCUCAUCCACGUUAUCCGUCUACUCGAAUUUCUGUACAAGUUCCAAAUCUUGGUAUUCACUUUUCACCAGAAAGAUAUUGCCGUAUUAUGGAAUUGCUUAGUAUAUUCUACAGCACCAUAGAAAGCAGUAGUCAAGACACUGAUGUGAGUCUCCGACCUGGUUCUCUGCCUUGGCUACCCGCUGAUUUAACAACUGAUGCUAGAAUCUUGGUCUGGAGGGGGAUUGGACAUACUUUAGCUGAGUGGCAACCUUGUUAUCUUGUCUUAUCGGGGCUGUAUCUUUACGUUCUUGAGUCUGAGGUUUCACAAAACUAUCAAAGGUGUUCCAGCAUGGUUGGUCGACAAGUCUUUGAAGUGCCUCCAGCAAGUAUUGGUGGAUCCCUUUAUGCCGUUGCUGUGAGUUCAAGGGGAACUGAAGUUCAGAAGGCUUUGGAGUCCACAAGUACUCUGAUUAUUGAAUUUCGUGAUAAUGAGGAGAAGACCGCUUGGCUGAAAGAGCUUGUUCAAGCCACAUACAGAGCUUCUGCUCCUCCUAUAAUUGAUAUACUAGGAGAUCAAAUCAAUGGUCCACGAGAAUCUAUUAUACGCCAAAAUAGUAGCUUGAGAGCAGCUGACCUAGUUAUCAAUUGUUCCCUUGUUGAAGUGAAACUGGCUAUAUAUGGGAAAUUAGAUGAGAAAUGUUGCAACACUGAUGAAUCAUUAAUUUUAGAGCUUCUUGUUGGUGGUGGAAAGGUAAAUGUUCUUAGACUUGGUGGUGAUCUCACUGUGAAAAUGAAGCUGCACAGUUUGAAAAUUAGAGAUGAACUUCAGCGUUGUCUGUCUAUGACUCCUCAAUACUUAGUAUGUUCUGUGCACAGUGAGAAUAGCAAGCCUAGUACCUCUCGCAUGUUUGAGCUCUCUGAUAAAGGGAGAAACACCUUGCUUCUAGAGGAAGAUGAUUCUUUCAAAGAUGCAUUGCCAGAUUUUAUGUCUGUUUCUGAUCAGAGCUUUUAUUCACAAACACCUGAGUUGGCUUGCGACCCGCCUUCUCCUAGUACACGUGAGCACUAUGCUGGAGGGGGUUAUGAUGAUGCUUUAUGUCAGGACAAGGAUCAAGUGAAAGGGAAGACUGAAGUUUUUUAUGAGGCGGCAGACAGCGACUUACCUGAUUUUGUGGCUGUCACCUUUGUGACACGAAGUCCUGGUUCACCACUGUAUGAUGGCAUUGAUACACAGAUGUGCAUCCGCAUGACAGCACUAGAGUUCUUUUGUUAUAGGCCUACUCUUGUUGCUCUUAUUGGUUUGGGCUUUGAUUUGAGCCGGGCAAACUCUGCAGUAUCCCAGACAGAUAGCAUUGAUGCUCCAAAGUGCUCAGAGAAAAAGGAAGAAAAUUCUCGCACUUUAGUUAAAGGUUUGCUAGGUUAUGGGAAAGGGCGCAUAGUCUUUAAUUUAAGAAUGGAUGUGGACAGCGUAUGCAUGUUCCUAAAUAAGGAAGACGGUUCUCAGCUAGCAAUGUUUGUUCAACAAAGUUUUGUUUUGGAUUUGAAGGUUCAUCCUAGUUCUAUCUCUAUAGAAGGUAUCUUAGGGAAUAUGAGACUAUGUGACAUGUCCCUUGGUCCAGAUCAUCGUUGGGGCUGGCUCUGUGACAUUCGCAACCAGGGGACUGAGUCUCUUAUCAAGUUUAAAUUUCAAUCAUACAGUGUGCAAGAUGAUGAUUAUGAGGGACAUGAUUAUAGCUUGACUGGCCGGCUUUCUGCAGUUCGAAUUGUUUUCCUUUAUCGGUUUGUGCAAGAGAUUACGACGUACUUUAUGGAGCUGGCCUCUCCACACACUGAAGAAGCUAUUAAGCUUGUUGAUAAAGUUGGGGGCUUUGAAUGGCUGGUUCAAAAGUAUGAGAUGGACGGUGCUUCUGCUGUAAAAGUCGAUCUAUCAUUGGAUACUCCAAUAAUUGUUGUUCCAGAAAAUUCAAUGAGCGAAGAUUAUAUGUUACUUGAUCUUGGGCAAUUACGAGUGAAGAACUAUUUUAGUUGGCAUGGUUGCAAAGAAGAUCCUUCAGCUGUACAUCUUGACAUCCUGGAUGUUGAGAUAAAUGGCAUCAACAUGGCUGUAGGUGUAAAUGGCCAUAUGGGGAAACCAUUGAUACGAGAAGGUCAUGGUAUUCAUAUCCAAGUGCGUCGCAGUUUAAGAGAUGUUUUUCGUAAGGUUCCAACAAUUUCUAUUGAGGUGCAGGUUUAUCUGUUGCAUUGUAUCAUGACUGACAAGGAAUACAAAGUUAUCGUAAAUUGUGCAUAUAUGAACCUAUUGGAACAACCAAGGCUUCCCCAAAGUUUUCGUAGUAAUAAUGGAACGAGAGAGUCGAUGCGGAUGCUUGCUGAUAAGGUUAAUCCAUAUGGUCAAAUGUUGCUCACACGUACAGUUGCCGUUAUAGCUGUUGAGGUUCAUUAUGCCUUGCUAGAGCUUUGUAAUGGUCUAGAUGAGGAAUCCCCCCUAGCUCAGAUUUCUUUAGAAGGUGUUUGGGUGUCAUACCGGUCGACUUCUAUGUCUGAAAUGGAUCUAUAUGUGACCAUUCCCAAAUUCACUAUCCUUGAUAUACGUCCUGAUACAAAGCCUGAAAUGCGGUUGAUGCUAGGACCAUAUGGUGAUAUUUCCAAGCCUGAUUCACUUUCUCCUCUAGCAGCUCCAUUGUCACCAACUAAUGCUGGUUCCAUGGAGAAUUUGGAAACUGCAACUGAUACGGAUGUUUCCAAUUUGACCAUGCUCGUAAUGGACUAUCGAUGGCGUUCAUCCCUCCAGUCCUUAGUUAUUCGUGUUCAGCAGCCACGCAUUUUAGUUGUUCUGGACUUCCUUCUUGCAGUUGUUGAGUUUUUUGUCCCUCGGUUAGGCGCAAUAACUGGGAGACAGGAAACUCUGCAUUCAGAAAAUGACCCACUUAAAAUAUGUGGUGACAUAAUACUUUCAGAACCAGUUUACAUGCAGCAAGAUGAUGUUGUACAACUUUCUCCUAGAAGGCAGUUGAUUGCUGAUGGUUUUGGCACAGAUGAGUUUACAUAUGACGGGCGUGGUGGUACAAUAUCUUUAAAUGAGGAGUUAGAUGUGGAGCAAUCAUACUCUGGAGCUAUAAUUAUAAUAGGACGUGGUAAGAAGUUGCGUUUCAAGAAUGUAAAAAUUGAGAAUGGUGCUCUCUUGAGGAAGUGUACAUACUUGAGCAAUGAUAGCAGUUACUCCAUUUCUGUAGAUGAUGGUGUUGAUAUUUCUUUGUUCGAUGAUAUUGCGUGUGGCUCAGAUAAAGAGGGCUUAGAACAAUAUCGAGGUUGCUCAAUGCAAGAAACUGAUUCUAACAUGGCAUUUUCUGGUUCUGCAAAUCAAUCAUCCAAUCUCACAUUUGAAGCUCAGGUCAUGUCUCCGGAAUUUACCUUUUAUGACAGUUCAAAAUUAUCUUCCGAUAGCUCCCUACAUGUUGAGAAGCUUCUGAGGGCAAAGAUGGAUUUUAGCUUCAUGUAUGCUUCAAAAGAUAAUGAUACUUGGGCACGGUCUCUUGUUAAAGACCUUACAGUUGAGGCUGGUUCAGGUCUUGUUAUUCUGGAACCAGUUGAUAUUUCGGGAGGAUAUACUUCUGUUAAAGAUAAGACAAAUAUAUCAGUGGUAUCUACUGAUAUAUGCGCUCAUAUUUCGCUCAGUGUUGCUUCUCUUCUACUUCAGUUGCAAGAACAGGCUGCUGCUGCUCUACAAUUUGGUAAUGCAGAUCCACUGGCUUCUUGUACCAAUUUCAAGAGAAUUUGGGUAUCACCGAAAGGGGAUUUACCUGGUUAUGGCCUAACAUUUUGGAGGCCUCAAGCUCCAUCAAAUUAUGCUAUUCUUGGCGACUGCGUAACAUCGAGACCAAUACCCCCUUCACAGGCUGUCAUAGCAGUGAGUAACACGUAUGGCCGUGUAAGAAAACCUACUGGUUUCAAACUCAUUGGUUCCUUCUCUAAGCUACAAGGGAUGGCAGAAGAGUGCUUCUUAAAUAACAACACUGACUGCUCUAUUUGGAUGCCUAUUCCACCACCAGGCUACUUAGCAUUGGGUUGUGUAACACAUGUCGGAAACCAGCCACCCCCAAAUCACAUUGUCUAUUGUCUUCGAUCUGAUCUUGCAACAUCUGCUACCUUUUCAGAUUGCAUGCUUUAUGUUCCUCCUGAUAUAAGGGUUGGCUCUGGUUUUGGUAUCUGGCACAUUGACAAUGUGUUUGCUUCAUUUUUUGCACUGACUUCUAUUGAUUAUCCUCCCAAGGUUAAGGGUUUUGGCUUGCACCAGAUCCUCUUGCGCGAUUCUAAUCAACAUCUUUCUUCCUCCAAACGUCCCACCUCGAAUACUUCUAAUGUAAAUGACCUUAGAGGUCAGCAAGAAGCCAGCCACUCUAGCGGUUCAUCUGGAUGGGAUAUUGUGCGAACAUUGUCUAAAAGCGGUAGCUGUUACAUGUCCACUCCCCAUUUUGAAAGGGUGUGGUGGGACAGAGGUUGCGAUGUCAGAAAACCAAUUUCAAUAUGGAGGCCAGUACGACGCCCUGGUUUUGCUCCCCUAGCUGAUUGUAUAACAGAAGGGUUAGAACCACCUGGUCUAGGAUUGAUUUUUAAGUGUGACGACUCAGUUAUUUCUGAAAAACCUGUUCAGUUUACUAAAGUUGCAGGGCUAAAUAGAAAAGGGGUUGACGAUGCAUUUUUUUGGUACCCAAUCCCACCUCCUGGCUAUGCCUCCUUGGGAUGCGUAGUUACAAGGACAGAUCAAGCACCUAAUAAAGAUAACUUUUGCUGCCCAAGGAUAGACCUUGUCACGCAAGCCAAUGUUUCGGACCAACCUAUUUCCAGGUCUUCUAUAUCAAAGGGUUCCAACUGCUGGAGUAUCUGGAAAAUUGAAAAUCAGGCCUGCACUUUUCUUGCACGGUCUGAUCUACGAAAACCGUCAAAUCGCUUGGCAUAUAAUAUUAGUGACUAUGCAAAACCUAGAACACGUGAAAAUGUAAGUGCUGAAAUGAAGCUGGGGUGUCUUUCACUCAGUGUCUUAGACAGCUUUUGUGGAACCAUGACUCCACUAAUUGACAUGACGAUUACAAACAUAAAUCUUGCAUCACAUGGGCGUUUAGAGGCGAUGAAUGCCGUGCUGAUCUGCUCGAUUGCUGCAUCUACAUUCAACGGACAAUUAGAAGAAUGGGAGCCUCUUGUGGAGCCAUUUGAUGGGAUAUUCAAGCUUGAAACAUAUGACACCAGUGAACAUCCUCCAUCAAAAAUUGGGAGACGAGUGCGUAUUGCUGCGACAUCCACCCUAAAUCUCAAUAUUAGUGCUGCUAAUCUUGAGAUGUUGAUAGAAACUAUUGCAUCUUGGUGUAGACAAAAUGAUCUGGACCGGAAACCAUUGAAUGAGGAAGGAGUUGAAAAUGUGAAGAGCAGCCAUAGCCAUACUUUAACCUUCUCUGCCUUGGAGGAAGAUGAUUUUCAGAAUGUGAAUAUUGAGAAUAAACUGGGGUUAGACAUUUAUGUAAGGAAAGUCGAGCAAACUUCAGAUAAUGUGCUUUUGUUACCACAUGACAACGAGGCACCUUUAUUGAUUCCACCUCCUAGGUUUUCAGAUAGGUUGAAUGUGGUGACUAAAGCCAGAGAGACACGAUUUUAUGUUGCCAUACAGAUAUUAGAGUCUAAGGGUUUACCUAUUGUAAAUGAUGGAAACAGCCAUGAUUAUUUCUGUGCAUUGCGACUUCUAGUUGACAAUAAGAUGUCUAAUCAGUAUAAGCUAUUUCCUCAGAGUGCGAGAACUCGAAGCAUACGACCUUCAAUUUCAAAAAUAAAUGACUUUGAUGUGGGAUAUGCUAAAUGGAAUGAACUUUUUAUAUUUGAAAUUCCUGAAAAGGGACUAGCAAAUUUGGAAGUUGAGGUUACAAAUCUUGCUUCAAGAGCUGGAAAAGGUGAAGUGGUAGGUGCAUUGUCUAUCCCUAUUGGUGGUGGGGCUAAUUCACUAAAACGGGCUACAUCAAUAAGGGUAUUACAACAAGCAGCAGCAACUAAUUUUCAGGAAUUUUCGCAGUAUCCUUUAAGGAAGAAGGGUCAGAAAAUUGCCAAUGAUGCCAAGGAAACUUGUGGGACGUUGGUAAUGUCUACUUCAUACUUUGAACGAAGUGCCAAUAUGAAUUCCCAGAUGGGGAUGGCGAGUUCAGUUAAUGAUGAUGGUGAUGUGGGUUUCUGGAUUGGACUUCGACCAGAUGGGCCAUGGGAAAAGUUUGGUUCAACACUCCCACUAUCAAUUGUUCCUAAAUCGCUUGACAGAAAACCCUUUGCCUUUGAAGUAGUCAUGAGAAAUGGCAAGAAGCACGCAACUCUUCGUGCUCUUGCAGUUGUUGUGAAUCUUGCUGAUGUUAAGCUCGAAGUGUCAGUUUGCCCUGCCUAUACUCAUAGUCUCAUGAAUCAAGGAAGAAGCGCAACUCCUCUAGUGAUGGAAGAAGUAUUUGAGAACCAGCGUUAUCAACCAAUUUCAGGGUGGGGAAGUAGAGGAUCUAGUUUCCAGGGUAAUGAUCCGGGACAUUGGAGUACAAGAGAUUUCUCAUACUCAUCAAAGGAUUUCUUUGAGCCCCCUCUCCCUCGUGGAUGGAAAUGGACAUCUCCUUGGAAAAUUGAGAGGUCUCAGUUUGUAGACAGUGAUGGUUGGGCAUAUGGAGCUGAUUUUAAAAAUCUAACUUGGCCUCCCAAUUCUUCAAAGUGUUCUUCAAAAUCAGCUCUAGAUUUUGUUCGCCGGAGGCGCUGGAUACGCACUAGGCAACAGCUCCCAGAUGAGAACAUUGAAAAUGAAAGGAAGAUUGUUGCUGUUAUAGACCCCAAUUCAUCUGGUGUACUGCCCUGGGUGAGUAUGGUUCAAGAAGCUGACUUGUGUUUGCAAGUUCGGCCUUAUGCUGAAGGUUCCCAGGAACCAUAUACUUGGAGUCAGAUUGUUAGUUUGGAUUCAUGCAAGGACCAAACAAAUAAUCAGAAGGCUACACCUUCUCGAAAAAUUACCACAAAAAAUACAAACAUUUUGCUGCCAAAGUCUCUUCUGAAGCUGAAUCAGCUAGAAAAAAAAGAUAUGCUUAUGUACUGCAAUCCUACUACUGAUGCUAAGCAGCAUGUUUGGCUCAGUGUAGGCACUGACGCAUCGGUUCUGCACACGGAGUUGAACGCUCCAAUUUUUGACUGGAAAAUAUCUAUUAGUUCUGUUGUCAAAUUAGAAAAUAAGCUUCCUUGUGAAGCUGAGUAUGCCAUAUGGGAGAAGUUAAUUGAAGGAAAUAUGGUGGAGAAGCAACAUGGCAUUCUUUCUGCAGGUGGAAGUGCAUUUAUCUAUUCAGCAGAUUUAAGAAGGCCCAUCUAUCUGAGUUUAUUUGUUCAGGGUGGUUGGUGUUUGGAAAAGGAUGUCAUAUUAAUUAUGGACCUAUCUGGCGCUGGACAUGCAUCAAUUCAAAUUAUUUUUCAAUUCACGCAAAAUGAUAUCAUUAUUGCCUAUAGAUCUUACACAGAAAAAAGUCUACUUUGUAACAUCAAGUCAAUGUUUGACAGCAGAAUAAGAAGUCUACUUCGUGUAUUUAGGCUAAUAAAUAUCAAUAUUCCCAGUUCUGCGGGCUCAGUUUUUCAGCAAGGAGUCUUUGGACGUCACAUUUCAUGUGCAUAUUGUGCCAGGAGGUUGCGUGUGAGUGUUGAACAUGACAUGGGAGGAACUGAUGCAGCACCGAAAACAGUUAGGCUGUUUGUUCCAUAUUGGAUUUGCAAUGAUUCAUCAGUACCUCUGUCUUUUCGUAUAGUGGAGGUUGAGCCUUCAGAUACUGUAGAGACUGACUCUCAGAUGAUAUCUAGAGCAGUUAAAUCUGCAAAAUUUGCCUUAAGGAAUAGCUCGAAAUCUUUGGAAAGGAAAAUUUCUACCUCAAAAAGAAAUCUUCAGAUAUUAGAAGUUAUAGAGGAGUUUGGUCCAAAUUGUGUUAUGUUAUCUCCACAAGAUUAUACAUAUCCAGGCGCAGUAUCAUCAACACCUCCUCACAAUGCUUCUUUUUCUGCUAAUCGUGUUGGCAUCUCUGUAGCUGUUUAUCAUUCUGAAUAUUAUAGUGCUGGGAUCUCUCUUCUUGAGCUUGAAAGAAAGGAACGGGUAGAUGUAAAGGCAUUUGCCUCUGAUGGAUCAUACUUUAACCUAUCGGCACAACUUAAAGUGUCUUCUGACAGAACAAAGGUUGUUCGUUUUCUGCCCCAGACAUUAGUUAUCAAUAGGCUUGGACACAGCAUAUCUUUGUGUCAGUAUAACACUGAGUUGGUAGAAUGGUCUCACCCAAAUGAUCCUCCAAAGCUGCUAAAAUGGAAAUCGAGUCCAGGAGAUGAACUAUUGAAGUUGCGACUUGAUGGAUACAAGUGGAGUACACCAUUUAGCAUUAAGUUUGAUGGUGUGAUGUGUGUUUGCAUGAAGACUGAUAUAGGAAAUAAUCCAAUGUAUAUAAGCGUAGAAGUGCGUGGUGGAACAAAAAGCUCAGUGUAUGAAGUUGUAAUUCACCCCACAUUAUUUUUAAGCCCUUACAGAAUUGAAAAUCGUUCAACAUUCUUGCCUAUUCAUUUCCGCCAAGUGGGUGGGACAGACAACUCCUGGCUAAAUCUCCCCCCUAAUUCUGCUUCGUCAUUUGCUUGGGAGGACUUAGGUAGAAGGCAAUUAUUGGAGGUUUUGGCUGAUGGAACGGACCCCAUGAAAUCUGAGAAGUACAACAUUAAUGAGAUUAUGGAUUAUCAGCCGUUGGAGGCAGCUUGUGGACCUAUAAAAGCUCUACGAGUUACUGUUCUAAAAGAGGGGAAAUUACAGAUCUGCCGCAUUAGUGAUUGGAUGCCAGAAAAUGAUAUACCUGCAGUAAUGCACAGAAGAGUUCCUUCAACUAUACUUCAAUCAUCUGAAAAUGAUUAUAAAAAGUCAUCUCCUGCUUUGGAAACUGAAUUUCAUGUUACUUUUGAGCUGGCUGAGCUGGGUUUGUCUAUCAUUGAUCACAUGCCCGAGGAGAUUGUAUAUUUCUCUGUUCAAAAUCUGCUUAUUUCUUAUUCAUCUGGAUUGGAUGCUGGGAUCAGCAGAUUCAAGUUACGGUUGCAUGGUAUUCAAAUUGAUAAUCAGUUACCUUUCACUCCCAUGCCAGUAUUGUUUGGACCGCUUAGAAUGGCUGACCAACUGGAGUAUAUACUGAAGUUCUCUGUAACCAUGCAAACUAAUUCCUUAGACUUUGGUGUUUACCCGUAUCUUGGUUUGCAGGUGCCUGAAAGUUCUUCUUUUUUGGUUAACAUUCAUGAACCAAUUAUUUGGCGACUCCAUGAGAUGUUUGAUCAAAUAAAAUUCAGUAGUGUAUUUGGCUGUGCAGCUACUGCUGUUUCAGUAGAUCCAAUAAUAAAAAUCGGGUUGCUUAAUAUCUCAGAGAUCCGUUUCAAAGUGACCAUGGCUAUGUCACCUGCUCAACGCCCAAGAGGUGUUCUUGGAUUCUGGUCAUCUUUGAUGACGGCUUUGGGGAACACUGAGCAUAUGCCGGUGCGUAUUACACAAAGAUUUCAUGAAGAACUCUGCAUGCGUAAAAGUGCGCUUAUUAGCAGUGCAGUGUCAAACAUUCAAAAAGAUCUUCUCAGCCAACCUCUUCGGCUGCUCUCUGGUGUUGACAUUCUUGGCAAUGCGAGCAGUGCACUUAGUAACAUGAGUAAAGGUGUUGCAGCUUUAUCCAUGGACAAGAAAUUUAUUCAGAGCCGACAAAAACAAGAUAGCAAAGGAGUUGAAGAUAUUGGUGAUGUUAUUAGGGAGGGGGGUGGGGCUCUUGCAAAAGGUUUCUUUAGAGGAGUAACCGGCAUCUUAACAAAGCCUCUUGAGGGUGCAAAAUCUUCUGGCGUUGAGGGCUUUGUUCAAGGAGUUGGCAAAGGAAUUAUUGGUGCUGCUGCUCAACCUGUGAGUGGGGUCCUUGAUCUUCUUUCUAAAACUACUGAAGGUGCCAAUGCCGUGAAAAUGAAGAUAGCAUCAGCAAUAACAUCUGAAGAACAAUUGCUUCGUAGGCGUCUCCCACGAGUAAUUGGUGGGGAUAAUUUGCUCCGUCCAUAUGAUGAAUAUAAAGCAACAGGGCAGGUAAUAUUGCAGCUGGCAGAAUCUGGUACCUUUUUUGGCCAGGUUGAUCUCUUUAAGGUUCGAGGAAAGUUUGCGUUAUCAGAUGCAUAUGAAGAUCACUUUUUGAUACCAAAGGGAAAGAUCUUUCUUCUAACCCAUCGUAGAAUUUUGUUACUGCAACAACCAACAAAUCUAGUGGCCCAAAGACAAUUCAAUCCAGCAAGAGAUCCAUGUUCAGUGUUGUGGGAUGUUCUGUUAGAAAACCUAGCCACAAUGGAAUUGACACACGGAAAGAAAGAUUUUCCAGGAUCACCCCCUUCAAGGCUUAUCUUGUACGUGCAAACUAGGUUACCUGAGUCAAAAGAAAAUGCUCGUGUUGUUAAAUGCAUCCGUGGAUCUCACCAAGCAAUUGAAAUCUUUUCAUCUAUCGAGCAAACACUACAAACUUAUGGACCAAAUUCCUCAAAAGUACUCCAGAAAAGAAAAGUGCCUAAACCAUAUACCCCAAGUACUACUGUUGUUGGCCAUGAAGUAUUGCCUAACGAUGUGUUUGGUCUGUGGAGUGUGCAAGAAGACCAAAAGUCUGUUCCUGUGAAUUCGGCUUUUGGCAUGGUCUUUGCACUGCCUCAGUGAAUCCUAGGGUAAUUUCAGUGAAGAUAAUUCCAAAUAUUGUUAUCAUUGAAGAGACGGAUGUCGAUCAUUUGCAUCUCAAAUUCUUAACGAGGACCAGUUUGUCAUGCAUCUAGAUGAACCGAAAAAAGCAUUUUACCACAUACAAGCUUAUGUUGGUAGAUUAUUCAUUUGUCAGCAAAACUCUGUAUCAAGCUAUGUACUUGAGGCUUCUGGAAUUGUAUCUACCUCAACUUCUGAUCUGCCCUUUGAAUGAAAAUAAUAGGAGCACGACAGAAGCUUCCUUGAAGAGCGACACAGAAAAACAAAGGAGAAGGUAUUUUGUAUGUAUUUAGAUUACAUGUCAAUUGUAUUGUACAGCUGAUGGCCGAAUCUUCAUGUAAAUAAUCUUGCUUUUCUUUCUAUUAAGAGCAAAUGAAUUUUACUCCUCUCUGGGUGAGACGCAUCAGAGGUGAGGCAAUAUUUUUAUAGUGAAGAAAAGUGAAUGAAUAAUUCUGAAUA